AUGCAAAAAACUCGGGACAUUCCGGAAGACCAGAGGCGGCAACACGAGGAGCGCAUUCUAGAGGCGGAGCGCGGCGAAAUGGUGGGAGGCCGGCGCGGCGAGCGCGUUCUGGUGGACACGGGAGUGAAGCUCGGUCUGUCGGCGCCGCCACUCAGCUCGGGGCCGAGCAUGGCGGUGGUGAACAUGUCGUUCUACCGCUGGGAGAGCGUCGCGCCGCCGCCCGUCGUCGACUGGCGGAAGACCGUCGCCAUCACGCCCAUCCAGACGCAAUUUGUGUGCUCAAGCUGCUGGGCGAUCGCGGCCGUCGAUACGAUCGCUAUAAUGUGGGCGAUCGCCAACAACGGCGUCGGGACGAAUCUGUCGCCGCAGCAGGUGUGCGACUGUGCGACGAAGCAGUGCUGCCAGGGCGGGUGGCCCGAGUGGGCCUUCUCCUACGUGCUCUUCAACGGCGGCGUCACGUCCAACGCCAACUACCCCUACCUCGCCUACGAUUCCGCCACGUGUCUGCUCGACACAUCCAUGCCGUCCGUGGCGCAGAUCACGGGGUGGGAGCUGGUGCCGGCAUUCAACGCCAUGGCGCUCAUGAAGGCCGUCAGCAUGCAGCCCGUCGUCGCCUUCAUCAGCGCCUCCGCCGCCGACUUCACCGUACGCCUUCCUGCGCCCCCGCGUCCUGUUCCCUCCCCGUGCUUCGCCGCUCCCACCGUUUCCCGAUUCCACGAGUUUUUCCACUCACAUCGUUUCCCGUUUCCCCGCGUUUUUUCACUCACAACGAUUCCCGAUUUCCGCGUUUCUCCGCGUUUCUCCUCUCACACCGUUUCCCGACUCCCAGCGUUCCUCCGCUCACACCGCUUCCCGAUUUCCGCGUUUCUCCGCUCACACCGUUUCCCGAUUCCCGCGUUUCUCCGCUCACAGAGCGUCCGAUCUGCCGCGUUUUCCAAUGUUUCCCGACUCCUAGCGUUACCCGCGUUUAAUUCCCCGCGUUUCCUUCCCUCUUCGUCCACCUCGCUCCACGUGCAGGCGUACUCAAGCAACGGCGUGCUCAACAUUUACAACGGGCUGUGCACGACGGACGUGAACCACGCGGUGGUGGUGGUGGGCUUUAACUACACGGGGCCGGACCUCAAAGGCAGCUACUGGAUCAUCAAGAACUCGUGGUACGCCACGUGGGGCGACCGCGGCUACAUGUACCUCGCCAUGACGCCCGACGUGCGCGGGAAAUGCGGCAUCUUAUCAACCCCCGCCAUGUACCCUGUCUACUUCCCAUCGGGGCAGCAGCCGGCGCGCUUUGCGUCCGACAAGCGCGGAAAGUGGAAUAUAAAAAAGGUGGACGACCUCUCGUCGUCGCUCUUCGCCUCCACCCUCUCCCUUUUAUCCACCACCACAACCACUACCACCACAACCACCACCACCGGUGGUACCGCCACGAUCGCAGCAAUCACCGAUCCGACACUCUCCACCUCUUCCUCGUUGUUAAUCAGCUCCGAUUUGUCGUCGGCUGUGAAAACGACCACCCUAAGUACGACGUGCGCGGGGAUGAUCAAUCCGUGCGGCGGGGGCAGUUGCUACAUGAGCAGCGGAGUUCCGCGGUGCGACUGCAGCGCGAUGGCGAAUAUGGUUGAGGUGUUGGGAUUGCCGACUUCCAAGUGCGUGCCGCGAAGUCCCUGCACGACGGCUCCUGUGAAUCCCUGCGGCGGCGGAACGUGCAGCGAUGUGGGCGACGGGACGUACACGUGUGCGUGCAAUGCGGGUUACGCCGUCGGCGCUGCUGUCGACGGCGUCAACUGCAACAGCAAUCUUGCAGUGGGCUCAUACGUCUGUGUGGCGCAAAUGGCACCUUCGACCACCAUCAACUGCACGGGGUGGUACCGGGUGAUGCAGGGCGACACAUGCCCCUCCAUCUGGAAUGCAGCCAACCUCACCAUGUCCAUGUUCCAAGCCAUCAACCCGGGCAUCCAGUGCCAGGCGCCCUACCUGGUGGUGGGUCAGCGAGUCUGCAUCGACUCACCUCUCCUCACCACCAUGCAGCGAAACCCAAACGCCAACUACUCCAUCUACACUGUCCGUGCCAACGAUACCCUCUCCAACAUUUCCUCCCUCUACCUCCCCCGCUGCACGGCACUCUCGGUAUCCCCCGCUGCCAUUGCCGCCCAGAACUUCAUCGCCGACUUGUCUGCCCCGCUCGCGGUCAACACCAGCCUCAUCAUCCCCUGUAUUGGAGGCAUCGCACCUGCUACAGCGCCUCACCGCGCACUUGCACGUACAGCCUUGGAGUUGGGUACACGUACACCUGCAGCUCUUUCCCUGCUGUUGUUCCCACUCCUUAACGCCUACGGGGGCCGACCUCCUCUGCUUUAG